AUUAUCUCUUUCUCUCUCUAAAUUAUCCCCUUACUAAUACUCUUCUAUUCUCAUGGGAACCCCCCACGUUCUCUUAUUCUUCCUCUUCAUCUUCUUUCACUUGCUCUCUUCUCGCAUGCUUCAUGCUCGAGAACUCCACACCCACAUCAUACAACUCCACCCAAACCAGUUCAAAACCUCCGGCUUCCAACACAAAUCCCAAUGGCACAGGUCAAUCCUUUGGCCGACAGUCGCCGAAGACGACGACGCCGAAGAGCCGUUCCGGUUACUUUACUCGUAUGAGGCUGUGAUCGAGGGCUUCGCUGCACUGUUGACAGACGGUGAGGCUGCGGCAAUCCGAGCCACACCAGGCGUAGUGGCGGUCCGUCGCGAUCGUCGCCACCCCUUACAGACUACUUAUUCUUAUAAGUUCUUGGGCUUGAACUCCUACCAGAGAAGUGGGCCUUGGGGUGAGUCCGGGUUCGGAGAGGGCACGGUGGUUGGUGUUCUUGACACUGGAGUUUGGCCAGAGAGCUCGAGCUUUUUGGACAACGGCAUGCCCCCGGUGCCCAAGAGAUGGCGCGGGGUGUGUCAGGUUGGUGAGAGCUUCGACCCCUCGUUGUGUAACCGCAAGCUGAUCGGUGCCCGAUUCUAUGGUCGAGGCCACAGGGUGGAGGAACCCACCUCAAACAGUGGGAAGUCGAGGUGGCCUGCUGGAACUAAUGGCGAGUAUGUGUCCGCCCGGGAUGCGCACGGACAUGGGACUCACACGUCGUCCACGGCAGUGGGGGCCCCCGUGGAGGGGGCUGGGGUUGUCGGAAAUGCGGUCGGGACAGCGCGGGGGAUGGCGCCUCGAGCCCACCUUGCCAUCUAUAAGGUGUGCUGGUUUGGAGGGUGCUAUAGCUCAGACAUAUUGGCCGGAAUGGACGACGCAAUACAGGAUGGGGUGGACGUGCUCUCCCUCUCGCUCGGUGGCUUCCCUCUGCCUUUUCAUGAGGACUCGAUCGCCAUCGGUGCGUAUAGGGCGGCAGAGAGGGGCGUGCUCGUGGUGUGCGCAGCGGGCAACAAUGGCCCGUUGCCAGGCUCUGUGGCCAACGAGGCGCCGUGGAUCACCACUGUCGGGGCGAGCACUCUCGACCGAAGCUUCCCCGCUCUUCUUCGGCUCGGCAAUGGCCAGGUAUUAUACGGCGAGUCCCUACACCCAGCCGGAGACGGCCAUGAGAAUGAGCAGUUCCUCGAGCUGGUCUACGACUAUGCCGGGAGUCCGGGCUCGCAGUUCUGCUUUAACAGCACAUUGCGAAGAGAUGUUGUUCAAGGGAAGAUGGUGGUGUGUGAUAGAGGGAGCACAGGGAGAGCUCUCAAGGGUGAAGUGGUCAAGGAGGCUGGUGGGCUCGCCAUGGUCCUGGCCAACACUGAACAAAACCAAGAAGAGAACUCAGUCGAUGUUCACGUGUUGCCAGCCACGCUUAUAGGAUACAGAGAGGCUGUGGCACUAAAGAAGUACAUAACCUCCACCAAAAACCCCCGAGCCCGAAUACUGUUCAGGGGGACCAUCUACCAAAGGAACUUCAGGGCACCUGGAGUAGCUCUAUUCUCUUCGAGGGGACCGAGCACGACGAACCCUACGGUGCUAAAGCCCGACGUGGUGGCACCGGGUGUGAACAUACUCGCUGCCUGGCCGGACAACCUCGGUCCAACCGGAUUGCUGGAAGACACUCGUCAGGUGAACUUCUCUGUGCUAUCAGGGACCUCGAUGGCAUGUCCGCACGUGAGUGGUAUCGCGGCACUUGUGCGCUCGGUGCAUCCACUGUGGAGCCCAGCGGCCAUUAAAUCAGCCCUAAUCACGACUGCAGACGUAGUGGAUCACACUGGAGGCCCGAUUCUUGAUGGGAGACGUCCGGCGGGGGUGUUUGCUCUGGGUGGUGGCCAUGUGAACCCGGCCAGGGCCAUCAACCCCGGACUCGUCUACGACAUGAGCUCAGCGGACUACUUACCUCAUCUCUGUCAACUCGGCUACACCACAUCACAGAUUUUCACCAUCACGCACAAGAACAUCAGCUGUCCACUGUUAGCGGCGAAGAAGGGUAAUUUUCUGAACUACCCCUCCAUGUCUGUAAUAUUCAAAGAAGGAAGGAGACAUUCGACGAAAACCGCCGGCCGGAGCCAUCGCAGUGGGUGGGUCCUACUGAUAAGGCGGGUGACCAAUGUGGGGCCCCCAAAUUCCACUUACUCAGUGGAGGUGGAGCCACCCCAAGGAGUGGUGAUGAGAGUGAGCCCAUCAAGCCUCUCAUUUCACAAUGUGAAUGAAAGCAAGACUUUUAGGGUCUGGUUCAGGUCCAAGAGAAAGAUGCCCAAGGGGAAUAUUUCCUAUGCUCAAGGGUCUUUGACAUGGGUGCACCUUUCUCAUAGCAACAAGGUCAGGAGCUCAGUUGCAGUGACUUGGGUUGGUCCAAAAUAGAACCCCACAAUGCAUUGCACUUCAUUUUGCGUUUUCCAUGCAUCUUCUAGGAUUUAUUUAGAUUGGCAGCUGGGACAUGUAGGGAAAUGGGGCAUCAUUUAUCCUUGGAAACACGAUAGUUUCCCUUCUUUAUUUAUUUUUUAUAGGAAAGUUUCCCUUCUUUAUUAUUGUUAACUGUUGGAAACAUGAUAGUUCCCACAUUUAUUCUCUCAUAUAGCAUAUUGUUCUUUUGUUUUU